GAUGAGCAUAGUAUUCAUUGCAAAAUAUCACCAGCUUCCCAAAGCCAACGAAGAUGUCAUCCGUCAAGGACGACUCGUUCCAAUUGUACGACUUGCGGGUCGAGGUGGUUUGUCCACCAGGCGAGCGCAUUUUGUGCGGAGCCAAAGAAGGAGAUUUCUUUACUGUUCAAGGCGAGAUGCUGCAUCUUCCUGACGGCCAGGGCAUAAGCUUCUACAGCCUAGCAGCAGUACUGCCUCUGCUAGCAGCCAAGCAGAGACCAACUCACGCACAUGACUGGAUGUCCACAGAUGCAUUGAUUGCAUGUCCGGAUCCGAACUGCAAAUCUCAGCUUAAGAUCAUACGAACCGGGUUGCGGACCUUCAGUCAUGCGGAUACCACGGUAGUUGGUCUUGAAGGAAACUCUUGAGUUUUGGAUUACCGAGGAAGAUCCCGAAUUGAUGUAUGCAUGGUGUAACAGUUUAAAUUGCUUCAUUCAGCACAUUGCCUUAUGCGGAAGUAGUCUCAGGAGCCUUGGUGGGGUUGGAGGUAUGGCGGUAAGCACCUCAAGGGUGCUCGGGGCAUGUGGUUGUAUGCAGUCGUCACACUAGACACGAUCAUGGUGUCAAUAUAUCCAACUUUU